CAAUGAAAAAGCCCUGCCCAGAGAGGCUGAACUCACGAGAAGGAGAGGAAAAGAGAGAGAGAGAGAGAGAGAGAGAGAGAGAACCAUUUCAAUGAGCAUACAGAGAGGUUUUGUCAUUUAGCUGAUCGGCAGCACAGCUGUUUAAACUUGAAUCAUUUGGUCUAAGCUUGACUUUGCUGCUUGUCGGCUUGUCUGUUUUAAAUUUACAUUUUGGUUAAAGGCUGUUUUUUAUUUAAUAAUUUUUUUUUUAAGGUCUGUGUCUUCCUUUUUCUAUUUGAGUGGUUUGGUCAUCUUCUUUUUCCAUCAUGAGGGCAGUGUUUUUGCUGAUUCUGGGUCUCUCUUUCUCCCUGAUGGCAGAUUUGGCACUCUCAGCCUGCUCAAUAGGGUUUGAAACACGACCUGAUGGUUGUUUAGAUGUGGAUGAAUGCGCCGAUAAGGAGAGGCCAGUCUGUGGAUCGAAUGCGGUGUGCUUCAACAGCAAUGGCAGCUACUACUGCCAGUGUGACUCUGGGUACAGAACGAGAUCACGUGCUGUCAAUUUCACACGUGAUUCAUGUGGAGACAUCAAUGACUGUACUGAAAUGAAGAAUUAUUGUGGUCCCAACACAAAAUGUAAGAACACAGUGGGAUCGUAUUCCUGCAGCUGCAAACAGGGAUUCGUCUCCAGCAACGGGACAGAAGCUUUUUUGGCCACCGAUGGGAUCACAUGUAAAGAUGUAGAUGAGUGCUCGUCUGAUAUGUUGAUCUGCGGAAAGGGUGGAGACUGCACCAACACAGAGGGCAGCUACAAGUGCAUCUGCAAGAGUGGAUUUAUUAACUAUGGCAUUGACCUGGCAAAGUGUGUUGAUGUAGAUGAGUGCUCAGCUGUUAGGUCGAUCUGCGGAAAGGGUGGAGACUGCACCAACACAGAGGGCAGCUACAAGUGCAUCUGCAAGAGUGGAUUUAUUAACUAUGGCAUUGACCUGGCAAAGUGUGUUGACAUAAACGAGUGUAAUGAAACCAGGGAUUAUUGUGGUCCCAACACAACAUGUCAGAACACAAUAGGAUCGUAUUCCUGCAGCUGCAAACAGGGAUUCGUCUCCAGCAACGGGACAGAAGCUUUUUUGGCCACCGAUGGGAUCACAUGUAAAGAUGUAGAUGAGUGCUCGUCUGAUAUGUUGAUCUGCGGAGAGGGUGGAAACUGCACCAACACAAAGGGCAGCUACAAGUGCAUCUGCAAGAGUGGAUUUAUUAACUAUGGCAUUGACCUGGCAAAGUGUAUUGAGCUGCCCUACAAACAUUUUGCACCAGUGGGUUCACAUGACCAGAUACCAGCAGGGCUUGAAAAAGUUUUAUCGCUGACGAGAGACGGAUGCAAUGCCCUGAAUGGUUCUCCUAGACCAGCAGGAGGACAACUCUGUGGAGAGACGCUGUUGGAGAGCCUGUUAACCAAAAUCGACAAGCUGCUGUCGGCUGGGCCGCUGAAAGAUAACCGCAUGGUAACCCACUUCCUGAAGGUGGUAGAGGAUGCCCUGUGGCGGAUAGCGCAUCUAUUGCCCAAUAACAGGACCAGGAAAUCCACUGACCACACAGACAUGUUUUUUUUAGUGGAGAGAGGUCAGAUGUCCCCCAAGGGGAAGAUCAGCCUGUCGACUGAACACGUACAUCUGGAUACACACUGGGAGACUGCUGCCGGAGAUACCACCUACCCUGGGUUUGCAGCUGUCGCUCUCAUGACUUAUAAAGGCCUGGAGUCAUCCACCAAUGACUCAUUCCAGGGCCUGAGCGCGGAGCACAAAGGCACCAAAUUCUCAAUGAACUCCAAAGUGGUGACAGUCAGCGUCAGCAAUGCAAACACGGGACACCUGCAGAAACCCGUCACCCUCACCUUCUCACACCUUCAGGGAACGGAGGAGAACCGCUCCCACUCCUGCGUUUACUGGGACGGGGCGAGCACCGGCGGGGGCUGGUCUGAGCGGGGCUGUGAGGUGGUGCGCUCCAACUCCACGCACACGGUGUGCUCCUGCUCUCACCUGGGCAGCUUCGCUGUGCUGAUGGCGCUGUACAAGGUGGAGGAUGCAUUCCAUUUGGAGGUGAUCACCUGGGUGGGGCUUUCCGUGUCUCAGGUGUGCCUUCUGCUCUGCAUCGUCACCUUCUUCUGCUGCCGCUCCAUCCAGGGAACACGCAACACCAUCCACCUCCACCUCUGCGUCUGCCUCUUCAUCGCCAACCUCGUCUUCCUCGCAGGCAUCUCCAGCACACAGAACAAGGUUGGCUGUGCGCUUGUGGCCGGUCUCCUUCACUUCUUCUUCCUGGCGGCGUUCUGCUGGAUGUGUCUGGAGGGGGUGCAGCUGUACCGCAUGGUGGUGCUGGUCUUCAACACCACGCUGCACCCCCGCUGCAUGACGGCGGCCGGUUACGGCAUUCCCGCCAUCAUCGUCGCCAUUUCCGCCGGCGUCCGCUCCGAGGGAUACGGCACCGAGCGAGUCUGCUGGCUGACUUCAAAGCAGGGAUUAAUUUGGAGUUUCUUUGGUCCUGUCUGCAUAAUCAUCACGGUGAACGUCUUCUUCUUCCUAAUAACAGUGUGGAAGUUGGCAGAAAAGUUCUCUAGCCUCAACCCAGACUUCUCCAACCUGAGGAAGAUCAAGACAUUCACAGUAACUGCAGUCGUUCAGCUGUGCGUGUUGGGCAACAUGUGGAUCUUCGGCUAUUUCCUGUUUGAAAAAGGCAAUCGCCCCUUGGAGUGCAUUUUCACUGUCCUCAACAGCCUACAGGGGGCGCUGCUGUUCCUGAUGCACUGCCUGCUCUCCAAACAGGUGAGAGAAGAGUAUGGCAAGUUCCUGUCCCACCUCUGUACGUCUCAGAAGAAAUAUUCUGAAUUCAGCACCAACCAAUCUGGCAGCUCCCGGGCUUCCAAGAGUGCUCAGCACACAGGAGAGUCACGAAUCUGAUGGCUACACCAAGACCCAUGAUGCUUUCAAGUGCUGGACACUGUCUUUUCCACCAUGGCCCCCUCUUUGACCUCCUCUGCUCCCCCUAGUGAUCGUUACUGCAUAAGAUAAGAAUCUGAGCUGAA